UAGAUAUUGAACUUGGACAGAAACAUGUACUACAUACAAUAAUAAUACAUUAAGUUGAGUUACUCCUAAAAUACGAGGAGGACCAUUAAGUGUGCUGUGGGAAGAGGAAAACGGAAGGUGGCUACUACUGAUUCCCACUUCUGCCUUUUCACAAUGACACGUAUAUAAAAUAUUGUUUCUUUUUCUUUCUUUUCUUUCUCUUACAUAUACAAAUUCUUCUUCUUCUUCUUCUUUAUUUACUUUUUCCUUUUUGUAUGUACAAAUAUGUACAUAUAGAUAUUUAUAUACAUAUAUAAUAUUAUUUCUUUUCUGAUUAAAAAAAAAAGUGCCCUUUUUCUCCCACUAUCGAUGGUUUUCGUUAGAAGCACAUGAAUGAAUGAGCUUAUAUAAGGCUAACUUCCUCAACAUCCUGUUCUGCAUUCAAUAACUCUCUCUACUGCUCCAUUAAGUGUUCUGAAUUCAAAGUAAAAUAUAUACUGAGAUGGCUUCAACAGUUCAUUCAACUGCUGAAAAUAAAGAAGAGAUGGACACGAUAAGGAGCACCCCGAGUGACCGAUAUAUUCCCAGAGUUUCAGUUCCUUCCAAGCAAAACCUCUUCAAGGAGUUCAAAAACACUGUCAAAGAGACAUUCUUUGCUGAUGACCCUUUACGUUCAUUUAAGGAUCAGUCCAAGUCUAAAAAGCUCAUCCUUGGAGUGCAGGCCGUUUUCCCCAUCUUUGAAUGGUCUAGAGAUUAUAGUCUUAAAAAAUUUAGGGGAGAUCUUAUUGCUGGACUCACUAUUGCAAGUCUCUGCAUUCCUCAGGAUAUUGGGUACUCAAAACUUGCAAAUUUGGCUCCACAAUAUGGAUUGUACUCCAGCUUUGUUCCACCACUGAUCUAUGCUUUUAUGGGAAGCUCAAGAGAUAUAGCCAUAGGACCAGUGGCUGUUGUAUCUCUCUUACUUGGUACACUGCUUCAGAAUCAAGUUGAUCAUACUACACAUCCGGUUGAAUAUCUGAGACUUGCAUUUACAGCUACUUUUUUUGCUGGGAUAACCCAAGCAACUCUUGGGAUUUUGAGAUUGGGUUUCUUGAUUGAUUUCCUAUCACAUGCUGCUAUUGUUGGUUUUAUGGGUGGAGCUGCUAUCACAAUUGCCCUCCAACAGCUUAAGGGAUUUCUUGGCAUAAAAAAGUUCACAAAGGAAACUGAUAUCAUCUCAGUGAUGCAUUCAGUAGUUGACUCAGCUCACCAUGGGUGGAAUUGGCAGACUAUAGUCAUAGGAGGGGUGUUUUUAACCUUUCUUCUAGUUUCUAAAUUCAUCGGAAAGAAAAACAAAAAACUCUUCUGGGUGCCUGCAAUAGCUCCAUUGAUAUCAGUUGUUUUGUCAACUUUUUUUGUUUACAUAACCCAUGCAGAAAAGCAAGGAGUUGAAAUAGUGAGACAUAUAGAGAAAGGAAUCAGUCCUUCAUCCUUGAAUCAAAUAUACUUCACUGGGGAAUAUCUCGUCAAAGGCUUUAAGAUUGGUGUUGUGGCCGGUGUUAUAGCAUUAACGGAAGCUAUAGCAAUUGGAAGAACAUUUGCUUCCAUGAAGGAUUAUCAACUUGAUGGAAACAAAGAAAUGGUGGCACUUGGAACCAUGAACGUUAUUGGCUCAAUGACUUCCUGCUAUGUGACAACAGGUUCAUUCUCUCGGUCGGCAGUCAAUUACAUGGCUGGAUGUCAUACAGCAGUCUCUAACAUUGUGAUGUCCUCUGUUGUAUUCCUAACAUUGAUGUUCAUCACACCCCUUUUCAAGUACACUCCAAACGCCAUCUUAGCCGCCAUCAUUAUAUCUGCUGUGCUCAAUCUAAUCGAUUUUCAGGCUGCAAUCCUAAUAUGGAAGAUUGAUAAGUUUGAUUUUGUGGCUUGCAUGGGAGCCUUCUUUGGUGUUGUAUUCAAAUCUGUCGAGAUUGGUCUCUUAAUCGCGGUCGUCAUAUCCUUUGCUAAAAUUCUGUUACAAGUUACUAGACCAAGGACUGCAACUCUUGGAAAGAUCCCUAGAACAACUGUGUACAGAAACAUCCAACAAUAUCCAGAAGCAACUAAGGUUCCAGGCGCUUUGAUUGUCAGAGUUGAUUCAGCAAUUUACUUUUCCAACUCUAAUUACGUUAGAGAAAGAAUAUUGAGAUGGCUGAACGAUGAGGAAGAACUUGUUAAAGCAGCUGAUCUACCAGCUAUUCACUUCUUGAUAGUCGAAAUGUCACCUGUUACUGACAUUGACACCAGUGGUAUCCAUGCCUUGGAAGAAUUGUAUAGGAGUCUCCAAAAGAGAGACAUUCAACUUGUUCUUGCAAAUCCUGGUCCUGUGGUGAUUGACAAACUUCAUGCAUCUAAGUUUACGACUUUGAUCGGUGAGGACCGAAUCUUCCUAACUGUUGCGGAUGCAGUGGCAGCUUGUUCUCCAAAAUUGCUGGAAGAAGUUUAAGUAACAACAAACACAUUACAAAUGAACGUAAUAUUGUUGAUGGCAAUAUCAUAAAAAUCAGCUGAGUCUUGAACAUGCUGAUAAGUUGAAUUCUGAAGAAAUUACUAGUAUAACUCUGGAUAUAUAUGGCAGAAGAGAAGAGCCAUUAUGAAAGUGGUUAAUGGAGGGUCAUAUGCCUUAAUUCCAAUAGAAAGAAAAAUAAUAACGUAUAUAGAUGUGUACAAUUUGUACACUACAAGAAAGCAUGCAAGAAUUUAAUGUAAUAACUUGCAAAAGUCUAUAAGUCUGCGUAGAAUUGAACUGUUAAAGUUAUCUAAAGCUCACUCCAUACUUUGAGAUUAUGUUACCCUAUAUAUCAUGACCUCGAGGCUUUUCUCAGAUCUUUUGUUUUCACCCACUAUAUAUAUAAUAUAAUAUACAUUUGAAUGUAA